AUUGCCUUCUUUGUAAUGUGGCACGGUGCGGUGUUUUUUAUGAUUCUGUCUCGAUACGCGGUGAAAGGGCAGAUCAGCUACUCCAUCCCAGAAGAAAUACCAAAAGGAUCAAUUGUUGAAAAUAAUUCUCAGGGUUUGGGUUUGGAUUUAAAAAGACUGAAUUCAGGGAAGGCGCGGAUAUUUGCGGGAGACAACAGAAGAUUCGUCGGAUUGAAUAAGGAGAAGGGGAUACUUCUCACAGAGGAGAAAAUCGACCGCGAGGCUCUUUGUGCAAAAACGACUCCUUGCGCUUCACAUCUGCAGCUGAUUUUGGAAAACCCAAUGCAAAAGUAUGAUGUCACAGUGGAAAUCAUCGAUAUAAACGAUAAUGCUCCGAGUUUUCCAAAAGGUGAAAUUAGAUUUGAAAUAAGCGAGACGGCUGUGACCGGAGCAAGAUUCAUGCUGGAAAACCCGAUUGAUUUGGAUGUUGGAACUAAUAGUCACCUUAGUUAUUCACUGAAACCGACAGAUAAUUUUAUAUGAAGUUCGCAAGGUCAAACGGAUGGUGACAAAAACAUGGAAAUGGUAUUACAAAAGGCUCUAGACCGUGAAAACAAAGAAAAGCUAUCAUUGAUGUUAACAGCAGUAGACGGAGGAGAGCCUUCGUUGACAAGCACUGUACGUAUACAUGUUACUGUGCUCGAUGCAAAUGACAAUCCCCCAGUGUUCAGCCAAAGGGUUUACAAAGCUACUUUUGCUGAAAUUACACCAAAAGAUACCGUGAUUGCGUCAGUCAGCGCUUCUGAUGCAGAUGAAGGUUCGAAUGCGAUUAUUACAUAUUACAUGUCGAGCACUGGAGAUGUAAAUGAUUUGUUUACGGUUGAUACACGGAGCAGGGACAUACGUUUAAAGGGCUCAGCUGACUUCGAAAAGGCAAGUCGAUAUCAGUUUAACAUACAAGCACGCGACCAAGGAGGACUGUCUGAUUCAUGUAAAGUAAUUAUUGAUCUCACUGAUAUAAACGAUAACAAACCAAUAAUAAGCAUUGUAUCGAUGUCAAAUUCCAUAUCCGAGCAGUCUAGGCCUGGCACCGUUGUUGCAAUGUUAAAUGUAAAUGAUUUUGAUUCAGGAAUGAAUGGCCGGGUUCACUGCUACCGAAAUGACAAUAUUCCGUUUACUAUUGCCUCUUCCAGUAGUUUUUUUAGCUUACAAACGGAGCAAGAAUUGGACAGAGAGAAAGAAGCCGAGUAUAAUAUCAGUGUGAUAUGUAGUGAUGAGGGAGUGCCUGCGCUCUCCAGCAGUGUCUCCCUCCGUGUGCAGAUAUCAGAUGUGAAUGAUAAUGCUCCUGUCUUUGAGAAAAGUAACUAUGAGGCCUUUGUCGUGGAGAACAACACUCCUGGUCUCUCUAUAUUUACAGUCAAAGCCAGUGAUGCUGACUGGAAUCAGAAUGCUCGUGUUUCUUAUAUUCUUGAAGACAGCAUUGUUAAUGGAGUCUCGAUCUCAUCAUAUGUGUCAGUGCACCCUGAAAGCGGACUGAUUACAGCUGUGCGCUCUUUUGACUAUGAGACACUGAAAGAUUUCCACUUCCGCGUAAAAGCGCAGGACGGAGGCUCUCCUCCGCUCAGUAGUAACGUGACAGUGAAAGUUACUGUUCAAGACCAUAAUGACAACGCUCCUCAGGUUUUGUAUCCAGUACAGACUGGCGCUUCAGUGGUGGCUGAGAUUGUGCCUCGUGCUGCAGAUGUUGGAUAUCUGGUCACUAAAGUGGUGGCUGUUGAUGUGGACUCUGGUCAGAAUGCUUGGCUCUCCUAUAAACUGCAGAAAGCUACAGACAGAGCGCUGUUUGAAGUGGGUUUACAGAAUGGAGAAAUAAGAACUGUGCGACAAGUCACUGAUAAAGAUGCUGUCAAACAAAAACUCACUGUUGUUGUGGAGGAUAACGGACAGCCCUCUCGCUCAGCUGUGGUCUCCAUUAACGUGGCUGUGGCUGACAGCUUUCCUGAAGUGCUGUCAGAGUUCACAGACUUUACGCAUGAGAAACAAUAUAAUGACAGCUUAACUUUUUAUUUAGUUCUCGCACUGGCCGCUGUUUCUUUCCUAUUCAUCACUUGUGUGGUUGUGAUAAUAUCAGUUAAAAUCUACAGAUGGAGACAAUCUCGCUUCCUCUAUCAGUCCAAUCUGCCUGUUAUUCCGUACUAUCCACCACAUUACGCAGACACAGGAGUCACUGGAACUCUGCCGCACGGCUAUAAUUAUGAAGUGUGCAUGACGACUGACUCGAGGAAGAGUGACUGCAAGUUUUCUACUCUUGGCAGACAGAAUGUUUUAGUGGUGGACCCGAGUUUCACUGAGACGAUGCAGCACACGAUCAAAAAAAAAUGUUCCAUCGAUGGGCUCAGGAUCACUAAAUCGCAAAAGCCACCUAAUACUGACUGGCGAUUUCCCCCAAACCAGAGGCCUGGACCCAGCGGCCAACACAGGUUCCACACCCUGCAGCAGAGAUGGACUCCAUACGAGAAGUCCAGGGCUGGAGCACGUCCUGAAGAGGCAGGUGCCGGUGCUGGUGUGAUAGCAGGAACAGGACCAUGGCCCAACCCCCCUACUGAGGCUGAACAGCUCCAGGCUAUGAUGGCAGCAGCAAACGAAGAAAGAAACACACACAGGUUUGAAACAAGUGGACGCAAGUGAAGCCACUGCGACUCUUGGCCCUCGCUACAAUCUACAGUAUGGCCCGGAUUACCGUCAGAACGUCUACAUCCCAGGCAGCACUGCCACCCUUACAGCCAACCCUCAGCAACAGGUUCUCCAGCAGGCCCUUCCUCCACCACAGGCCCUUCCACCUACCGAAGCCCCCAAAGCGGCUCAAACACCAGCCAGUAAGAAGAAACCCACAAAGAAAGACAAGAAGUAAGACCUGUGGAAUAGCUGAAGAAACAUGUUGCCGGGAAUCUAAACAUCUAUCCUCUCAAACCAUGUUGGGUUUGGAUGAAGAUUUAAAAAGAAAAAAGUGAAUAGUAUUACUUGUUUUAGCGUUAACAUGAGACAAUAAGCAACCAAACAAGAGGAAAUGUGUUCAGAUUCCCGAAGCCAUUUCUCUGACAGAUAUCUCUGUCUUGUAAAUAGCAUACUAAAACAAGAAGAAACACAUUUCUUCUUUUUAUUUUUUCCCUCAAAUGUCACGUUUUAGGCUUUUUGUGUUCUUUUCAAAGCAAAGUAGAUGCUUAUUGUGGAUACAAAAUGAAACGCUGUUAGGCUUUUUAACAUGAUGUGCCACAACUCUCACCUUAACUGAAGAAAGGAGUAUUGAGCUGAACUAUGCAUUGCAAAGGAGAUACAAAAGGUGAACGUAUAUAUAAAGUGUUUUCCAGGUGAGAUAAUACAUGUAUAUUUGCGUAAAAAAAUCUGACGGUGAGACACUGGAUUGUCGGCAUGGUGUUUAAAAAUAGAUUCAGUCUUCUCAUUAACUUCUUAAUAGCCAGUUAAGCAGAGCUGAAUGUUAGGUUAAUGACGUUUGACUAUUCUUUGUUAUUAUUUCCUGUUGGCGUGCUAAAGAAUCCUCUGGAAAUGAAGUAAUGUAAACAGUGUUUUUUUGAUGCUGAGAAAAGAUAAUCACAGCCUUUGUAAGGUCAAUGAUUUGGGUCAAAGGAAGAAGAUCUAAAGAAGGAAACAGCAGAAAUGUGCUUGAAUGGAUCUUAGAUGGAAGGAUUUCAUGUCUGUUCAUCUGCACCUACCACCACUAUCGUGUAUAUAAAAUGUGUAACCUGUCUGUACAAACAUUAGAGCCACAAGGGCUGGCUGUUACAGGAAUGUUUCAGUAUUUUUUACAAAAAAAAGCAACAAAAAAAGACACUAGAAAAAAAAAAGAUCCAGUGUAGUGUUUUAGGAAUAAAAGCUUCAAGUCCAUCGACUAACCAAACUGUACAUACUACGAAACUUCUGAUGACACGCAAUCGUAGCUUAAGGCUUGUGGAGUAUGUGCAUAUUUUUGUGUUUUCCCCCUCUUGAUUACACUUUACUUUCCUCUUCUCCAAUCACCUAAACCUUUGAAAGAUAACAGACAAUACUUAUACUGUCUUUGCUAUAGAGUAACACCCUUUCCUAUCUUACUGUACUUUUCUGUGCUUGUAAUUCCAAUCAGUCCUUAAUGAUACUGGAAUGCCACUCCUGUCUGUUUGACUUUGAAUAUCUAUCUAUCUAUAUAUAUAUAAAUGUCUGUCUGCUGCUUGGCUACUUUUUCUGUAUUUGACUGUGAUUCCUUUAAAGAAACGCUUAGCACCUCAUGUUACUCUUUUUAUUUUAUAAUCUACUAUUUAUAUCGCUGUUUGAUUUAUGUUUUACUUUAUUAUUGGAACACUUACAUUUGAAAUAAAAUUUUGUCAGAACUC